GCCAGGAAAUUCGGAGUCAUCACAUUGCGAGUUGUGAAACUGUAAAGUGUUCCAGAUGUUGACUCAUUAAAGGAAAUAUUUAAGAUUUAUUUAAGGAACGAAGUAAUGAAUCAUUACUGAUGACACUACAUUAAAUACGUUUUCUAGUGGUUUCUGACAGUUCAUGCGAUAAUGCAACGACACUAGAAAACGAACAAUUCUUGGUUUUUUUGAAGUUACCAGGAAAUAAAUAAAUGACACGGCAGAAGACACUGAAAGUUAACGGAAUUGACUUUAACAAAUCACCUUUCGUCAUCCUUAUCGGCUGCUGUUACACCAAUGGAAUUAUUACAGUUGCCAUUAAAUGAAAGGCAAAAGUCGUGCAGAUUGGCAGAAUUAUUAUAUGUCUUCGUUGUUAUCUUCGCUUCCUCGUCCCCUGCUUUCACCAAUUUAGCCUCUAACAAUGGUGUCCAAGCAGCAGAAAAAGUGACGAAUUUCGGUAAAAAUUCAUUAUCCCAUGAGUCAAAGAGAUUUUCAGGGAGAAAUCUGAACAAAAUUAUUUAUUCCACGGCAGGAGAACUGUCAAAAUUACGUAAUAUUCGGACAAUAAUAAAUCAAACCUCUGAAAGUGUGUCAAGUUUAGACAUUAAGAGACAUAGACAUAAUAUACGUCUAUUGCAUAUACGUGAACCCAAAUUAAAUACCCCAUACUGUUGACAGAGGGGAUAUUAGAAAAGUGAUGUAUAGAAAUUAAGUAACUGAAUAGUGCUAUCUCGUCGUAGAAAAUUAUUGUAUUAGAAAGUUUUGUAAGGAGGAAAAAUAAGGAAGAAUAGAAGCAGAUAUUAUAAAUUGUGGUGUUGUAUCGAAUAACUUGUACGAAAAUGAAGCUGUGUGGUAAAUAUCUGGAUAAGGAUGGAAAUGGAGAUGUGGCGAUGAUUGCUGAGGAGGAUGAAGACAUGUGGCACGCUUACAAUCUCAUCACUCAGGGAUGUCUCGUGAAAGCUUCCACAAUUCGCAAAGUCCAAACGGAAUCUGUAACUGGCUCUUCCUCAAGUAAUCGAAUUCGGACGACACUCACCAUCAAGGUGGAAAAUAUUGACUUCGACACGCAGGCCUGCGUUUUGAGACUGAAGGGGAGAAAUGUUCAAGAAAAUCAGUUUGUCAAGAUGGGUGCCUACCACACUUUGGAUCUGGAAGUUAACAGGAAAUUUACCAUACGAAAGCAUUUCGAUUCUGUAGACUUGGAUAGGAUUGACUCUUGUUGUGAUCCUACUGAGAGAGCAGAUGUAGCUGCAAUAAUUAUGCAAGAAGGACUUGCUCAUGUAUGCCUUGUUUUAUCUAGCAUGACCAUAGUACGAGCAAAAAUUGAACAGUCAAUUCCUCGCAAGCGGCACGGGAAUGUCACCAACCAUGAAAAGGGGUUGGAAAAAUUUUUUGGAAGCAUAUUGGAAGCCGUGGAUCGCCAUAUCAAUUUUGAGGUGGUGAAAUGUGUUCUGAUCGCAAGUCCAGGAUUUGUUAAGGACCAAUUCUUUGACUUUAUGAUACGACAAGCUACCAAAAUGGAAAACAAACUUUUACUGGACAACAGAGGAAAGUUUCUACUUGUCCAUGCCUCCAGUGGGUUCAAGCAUUCUUUAAGUGAAAUAUUGGCAGACCCAACGGUGACUGCAAAACUUGCUGAUACCAAAGCAGCUGGAGAAGUGCGAGCACUGGAGGCUUUCUUCCAAAUGCUUCAAACCGAACCAGAGAAAGCAUUUUAUGGAUUGAAACAGGUGGAGAAAGCUUCUGAAGCUCAAGGAAUUGAAACUCUUCUGAUUGCUGACAGCUUGUUUAGAGGCUGUGAUGUUCCUACACGAAAACGCUAUGUGAACAUUGUUGAGUCAGUGAAAGAAAAUGGUGGCGAAGUUCGGAUGUUUUCCAGCCUUCACGUUUCCGGUGAACAAUUGAAACAAAUUACUGGAAUUGCUGCAAUCCUCCGAUUUCCCAUGCCAGAACUCGAAGACGAGGAGGUUAGCAGUGACGAAGAACCAGAAACCGUGAAACGUACACUUAAUUUUGACAAUAUGGAUGAUGACGAAAGUUAUAGUGAAUAUGACGGUGACAGUACUGGAGAUAAAAGCGGCGACGUUUCCAACACUGAAUUAGAAUAGUACAUAUAUCUUACUUUCACUUGACAUCCUUUGGAGAUAAACCCACUUCGCCUUAUACAUAUAUAUUAAAAGCAUGUAGUACUAAAAUCCACUCGGUCGUACAUAGAUAAGUAGAUACAAUAUCUCCGAAAUGAUAUCUCGCAUAUAUAGUUAAGUUCAUUAUAUGAACGAUGAUUCCCGGUGUGCGUGCAUUCGCAAUUAUAAAGGAAUGUAAAAAAAAACUAAAAAAUUGUCUUGUGAUAAAUACACUGAAACUGCUAAUAAUGUAAAAUUCGUCAGUAUAAUAUGCGCACAUUUUAAUUAUAGGAAAAUGAUGCAUGAUGAAAAAUAAGUAUGUCGAAAUAUUUAGAAAAUUGCUUCCUUAGAUUCAUAUUUCCACAAAGUGGACUAAAUGAAACUUAAUGGCAUAAUAAUAUGUACGCAUAAGUUUUACAUAUUAAUUACACAAUAUGAUGGUACUUUAUUAUGUAAGUGUGGAUCGACUAUAUUAAUUCAAUUGUUCCUUCACAUUCAUAAAAAAUAUAAAUUACAAUAUCCGAGGAACUAACCGCUAGUAUAUUAUUUACUAAUUAUUGUUGAACUAUUACAGUAAACAUAGUCAGGUCCGUUAGCAGCCAUGGGUUGCAGUUGUUGGUAGAAGAAUUAAGGUAGAUGACCAGCACUUGAUACAUACCGAUAGUCGAAAUCUAAUCUAAUGAAAAUUGUAUUGCUAAUUAUAUUUCUAGUGAAAUAUUUUACACUGACAACUUUCAAAAGUUUGUUGUUCGAUGUUGUUGUUUAUGCAGAGACUGGAAGUUUAUUAAAGUUGACCAAAUUGCCAACCUGACAGAGAAUGCAUAAUUAACUUUGUAAUAAUUAAUUAUCGGAAAAUAAUAAAACAUGUUGUAUAAUUUUAAAA